AUGAAGGUGCUCCCUGCAUCUGGCCUAGCUGUCCUCCUCAUCACAGCUUUGAAGUUUUCCACUGCAGCCCCCUCCCUAUUUGCAGCCACCCCCAGGACCUGGAGGAACAACUACCACCUUGCACAGGAGUAUCUUGACAAGUAUUACACAAAGAAAGGUGGUCACCAAGUUGGUGAGAUGGCUGUAAGAGGAGGCAACGCCAUGGUCAAGAAGAUCAAGGAGCUACAAGCAUUCUUUGGCCUCCAAGUCACUGGGAAAUUGGACCAGAAUACAAUGGAUGUGAUCAAGAGGCCUCGCUGUGGAGUUCCUGACGUGGCCAACUAUCGCCUCUUCCCAGGUGAACCCAAAUGGAAAAAAAAUACUUUAACAUACAGAAUAGCCAAAUACACAUCUUCCAUGAGUCCUAUUGAAGUGGAAAAAGCAGUAGAGAUGGCCCUGCAGGCCUGGAGCAGCGCCGUCCCUCUGAGCUUUGUUAGAAUAAACUCGGGAGAAGCCGAUAUUAUGAUCUCUUUUGAAACUGGAGAUCAUGGGGAUUCCUAUCCAUUUGAUGGGCCUCGAGGGACUCUAGCCCAUGCAUUUGCACCUGGAGAAGGCCUGGGAGGAGACACACAUUUCGACAAUGCUGAGAAGUGGACUAUGGGGAUGAAUGGUUUCAAUUUAUUUACUGUUGCUGCUCAUGAAUUUGGCCAUGCCCUGGGCCUGGCCCAUUCCAGCGACCCAACAGCACUGAUGUACCCCACGUAUAAGUACCAGAAUCCCUAUGGAUUCCGCCUGCCCAAGGAUGAUGUAAAAGGGAUCCAGGCGUUGUACGGACCUCGGAAACCAUUCCUGGGAAAACCCACUAUUCCCCAUGUCCCUCCUCACAAGCCAUCCAACCCCGAUCCCUGUGACUCCAGAGCAUCCUUUGAUGCCGUGACAAUGCUGGGGAAGGAGCUUCUGUUCUUCAGGGACCGGAUUUUCUGGCGAAGGCAGGUUCACGUGCCAGCAGGGAUUCGGCCCAGCACUAUCACCAGCUCCUUCCCCCAGCUCAUGUCCAACGUGGAUGCAGCUUACGAAGUGGCUGAGAGGGGCACUGCUUACUUCUUCAAAGGCCCCCACUACUGGAUAACACGAGGAUUCCAAAUGCAAGGUCCUCCUCGGACUAUUUAUGACUUUGGGUUUCCAAGGCAUGUGCAGAGAAUAGAUGCUGCUGUCUAUCUCAAGAAGCCACAGAAGACCCUUUUCUUUGUGGGAGAUGAAUAUUACAGCUAUGAUGAACGAAAAAGGAAAAUGGAUAAAGACUACCCAAAAAAUACUGAAGAAGAAUUUUCAGGAGUUAGUGGCCAAAUAGAUGCUGCUGUGGAAUUAAAUGGCCACAUUUACUUCUUUUCAGGACCCAAAACAUACAAGUAUGAUACAGAGAAGGAAGAUGUGGUUAGUGUGGUGAAAUCCAGCUCCUGGAUUGGUUGCUAAACAGAAAGAUCUAGUCUUUCCCAAGGAGUGAAAAUGACUGCAAGCAGCUGGUAACUGAUUCCUAAGGACUAAAGCAGAAUGUAGGAUAAAAUCUUCC